ACGCCUGCGUCCCGUCGUCUUUAUCUCAGCUUCUUUUUUCGUAGGAAAACAAAGCCAGUGAGCAGUAGAAGUCGAAAAUUUUAAACUGGGAAUUUAGUACCAUCAAACCAAUUGUAACAGAAACCAACUCAACACAGUCGGCUCCAGCGUGGCAAGUUUCAAGGUCCAACAGCUCUCCUAAUGAUACAUCAGCACUAAGCUGUUUCCAUACUUCCUCAUGAUGGCUAGUUGUGGAGAGGUAGACCACUCUGUUAGCUCACUCCCAUCCAGUAAGAAAGGCGUAAGUAAUAGUGGUGGUGGAAGUGGGAACAGUGCAGAAUCCUCAUGCUCUGGCUCCAGCAACUCAUCCCCAGCCCUCUCAGUACCUGAGUGUGCCAUCUGUCUGCAGAGCUGUGUCCACCCAGUCCAGCUGCCAUGCCAUCACGUCUUCUGUUUCCUGUGUGUAAAGGGAGCAUCUUGGCAGAGCAAACGAUGUGCUCUCUGCAGACAAGAAGUACCUGAUGACUUCCUGGAAAGGCCUACGCUUCUCUCUCCAGAGGAGCUGAAAGCAUCAGCGGGAGGUCGGGGUGGGGCAGCAAGUGAUCACGCUUGGUAUUACGAGGGCCGUAAUGGUUGGUGGCAAUAUGACGAGCGAACCAGCCGUGAGCUGGAGGACGCUUUCUCUAAGGGCAAGAAGACGGCUGAAAUGCUUAUUGCUGGUUUUUUGUAUGUAGCUGACCUGGAGAACAUGGUGCAGUACAGGCGCAACGAGCACGGUCGCAGACGCAAGAUGAAGCGGGACAUUUUAGAUAUUCCCAAGAAGGGAGUGGCAGGACUUCGUUUGGACACUGAGAGUGUUACUGGGGCAGUGGGGGCCGCAAGUCGAGAGAACUCUGCUGAUGGGGCUGAUACCACACUAGCAAGUAUACAGCAACAGGUUACAGGUAUCUCUUCUACUGUAUCAGCACCUUCAGCUCCUGCAAGGCCUCCCACUUCCCUCGGUGGUCAGCCAGGCCCCAGUACUAGCCCCCCACUGGAGGAUGCUUUCUCUCAGCUGCAAAUCAGCCCCAGGCCCACACCUUCUCAUGAGCGGUCUGAGGCUGGAGAAGGAGAGGAAGAUGAGGAAGAGGAGGCUUCACCUUCCAGGUCAUCUGACCCUCACACCUCCGUGGACGAGUCUGGCUCUGGAGAUUGGAGUGAUGAUGAGGAAGAGGAGGAUGAAGAAGAGGAUGGGGGAGACGGAGAGCGCGUGGAGCCAUGGGUGGGUAGGCAACAGAGGCAAAGACUGAAUCCAGAGGACAGAGUCCCUCCUCGUUCAGAGUCUGCCUCCCCCUCUUCCUCAUCCAGUAGCAGCGGAAGGUCCAGAAUGCCUGAUGGCCAGUGUACAGUGACUGAAGUGUGAAGUGAUUAUUAAUACAUCAUCACCAAGUGGCUGUGUUCCUCAUUAAUUUAUUCUUCGCUUUAUGCUGUUAUUCACUCAGUCACAGAUCAGAUGGGGGUGGAUUACUAUGUGCAGGAGAAAUGGGGUACCACACACCCAGUAAUAAACAGAACCAUGUUUUCCUCCAUUUGUGUGCCCCAUUGUUAGUUCACAAUAAUCUGGAGUUAUCUGUGUGAUUUGUCUCAACACAAAAAUACUCAGUCAGCAGAAGUUUGUUUUGAUGUUCUGGAACUGAGUGUUCUCGUACUGAGAGAGAAGGUACAGCUUGGUAAACACUCAGAUGGAUACACAGUGUUGUUACGAGCCAUAUUUUCUGUUCAGCACAUCAUUUGAGGGAGAUGCAACAGACUCAGCUGUCAUCCGUCUGUUCACUUCUGAUUGCAGGCAUAUCAAAUCUGUUCUUUUCAAAUUGCAGGCAAGUGGAAGCUAAAAUGGACUUCUGCCAAAUCUACCUAUUGUUUACAUUUAUUAUCUAACACUAUGGGGGGGUUCUGGUACCCCAGUCAGAUUUGUGACUAGGAGUGAAAGAAGGCAUAAUGGGAUAUUGGAACUCAGCCAUUAUAAACGGCUGCAUUCUAGUCAUCUGCACUUAACUCUCUCAGCUAACAUAGCACGCAGAAGUGAGCUCAUUACGGCUCGAGUCAUCUGCCUACUCUUGCAGAGAAUUUAACCCAUAAUACCUUAUAUCCAGCCUCCACCUUACUUAAAUGAUCUCCUUCACAUUUAACUAAUUAUGAAGCAUUUUCUUCAAAAGUCUUAAACCUAACUUAACUUUUUUUUUUGAAGUGUCUGUCAUUUCAGAGCUGAUUGUGGUUUGAAAACAAUCUGUUUGUCCAGAUGAAGACAGGAAACAGAAGUACAACGUGAUGCUCUUAAGCUAUAUGGGAUUGUAAAUUUGAGACUUAAUAUUUAGCAUCAUAGAAUUUCUGGAUACCAGAGGGUAGCUGGCUAUAUGCCGAGAUUUUGUGUUUGAUUUCGCCUGCAGUCUUACAAAACUAAAAUGUUUUAAUGAAUGUGCAGAACUUUUCCCAGCUUUGAAGAAUUGGCAUUUUUCUGUGAAAUAGCAGCAUUGUGCCUUUAAAGCUGCUGAUGCCUCUGAAGCCUCCAUCUUACUGACACUGAUUCAAGUAUUCUCAAUUAGUGUGUAUUCUAAUCUGUGCGUGUUUGAAGAGAGAGUUAUUUAAACACUACUGGUCGGCAGGUUGUGGAGAAUUGAUGUUUUCAGUUGGAGUAAAUGUUUUCAUUUUGUGUUUGUGCAUUUCUUAUGGUUGUAAAUCCUCUUCUGUAUGAUGUGUGGGGGAGUAAGAGAACAAAUGUAUGCCAUUGCUAUUGGUCAUCCUGCAGAAAUUUCAAGUUACGUUAUUUUUCUAUUUCUUACAUGCCUCCACCAUUGGCUCAGUUUUAGACUUUCCAUUUCAAAGAAUAAAGUUUGUGUAAUCAUUUUUUGCUUGGUAACUUUUUGUUUUAUGGUUUGUAAUUUAAGAAUAAAGUGUCAUUUCAUCAUCCAAAAGGUA